CCGCUCAAGUAGACGCACCAGAUAAGACUUCGGACGCGCGAUGUCCGAUUUACGAGUUAGUCGCGGCCGGAACAUCGCAUCGAACCCAUGCGCUUUGUUUUUUGCCUAGUCGAUUAGUCAUUGAGAAAAAGUAGGCGUCGAAGUGCACUAGAACUCGGCAAAUCUGAAACAACUCGAGAUGCAGUAGUAGGCGGUGACGCGAUCAUUCCAGUCUGGAGCGAUAUGACUCAUCCAAGUGUGCCGAUUUGAUCACCUGCGUUCGAUAUCGGAGUGAUUUCAGUCAAAGCCUACCAUGAUUAGGAGGAUGAAGAGAAACCGAGUGGUGCUGUACGCGACGAUUGCGGUGCUUUGCCUACUUUUGGGCGUUAGUUUCAUAGUUCACACGCAGUGUCUUAGACCGUCAAUCAGUUAUUAUCAAAUUUUGCGGGAAAACAUCGCAAAAACUAGUCUGAUGGAACCCCGCACGAAAACCAUCCUACUCUACACCAACUUUUUCGACGUCAAAAACUGGAAACUCUCGGCGGAAACCGUCGGUCCGGACUACUUCCGCUCCCUCAACUGCCCGGUUACGGACUGCGUCCUCACCAACAACCGGCACCACCUGGACUCCAUGACCGACUACGACGCGCUCGUGUUCCACAUCGCCGAACCAUGGGCGUACUCACUGUUCGAAAAGGUCCCGGCCCUUCGGACCCCGUCGCAGAUUUACGUGGCCGCCAACAUGGAGUCACCGGCGCACACCAAGCACCUGCUGGAAGGGGACGCCAACUUCUUCAACUGGACCAUGACGUACCGGCUGGACUCGGACGUCGUCUGGAACUACAACAACGUGGUCGAGAUGGACGCGGCCGAUGAUCGCGCGUUUGUGGGCCCGUCGCAGCGGCCACAGUGGCGCCGCGGUGCGGACGACUAUCGAAACGAGACGCUGGAGGAGCUGGCUCGGCGCAAGGACAAAAUGGCGGCCCAGUUUGUGUCGCACUGUGACACCUUUUCCGGCCGGGACGAGCUGGUGAAGGCGAUUCAGCGGCUGAUGCCGGUCGAUGUGUACGGGAAGUGCGGAACCAUGGAAUGCCCCCGCGGAUCUCCCCGCUGCGCCCGCAUGCUCACCGACGAGUACCGAUUCUACUUCGCGUUCGAGAACUCCCUGUGCCGGGAUUACGUGACCGAGAAACUGUACAACGCGAUGGAUAACUACAUCAUCCCUGUUGUGUUCGGCGGCGUGGACUACUCCAAGUUUGUGCCGCCCCAUUCGGUGAUUGACGUUCAACAGUUUGCCACGGUGGAGGGGUUGGUGGAUUAUUUAAAGUUUUUGGCGGACAAUCCGGAAGAAUACGUCAAGUACUUUUGGUGGAAGGAACACUAUCGGAUCACGGGGAGCCAACCGUUCUGUGAGUUGUGCCGGAAGUUGCACGAUAUUGGGACGCGGGAAAAGUCCCAGCACUAUAGGGACAUUAAGGCGUGGUGGUUUGACGGUGCUUGCCAAGCUAGGGCGAAAAUUGAGUUUUGAGAAGUGUGAUUGUGUGAAAUAAAAUAGCUUUUUGAUUCGUAACAAAAUUAA